GCCCAAUCUAUUGCUUUACAGUUCAUCCACAGGCUCAACAGCUCUUCAUGUGUGGACAUCCUUUCGUUUGUUUAUAAAUAUUGGAGCUCAUCUCAGUGCAGUAGCCUUCAGUACAGGAAUCACAUCACAUUUUGGGUCUCAAGCAAGCCACUAGAUUUCUUCAGGGCCAUGGAUCCUAAACGUUUUCAGAGGAUUUAUCCUCUUAUUGCAAUGGUAAAUGUUCUGAUUUUACUGAGCAUGAAAGUUAAUGGGUACCCUGUUCCUAAGACUUUCCUUUCAAAUGCCGAAGCUAAAGGAGCAGUUUGUUUAGAUGGAAGCCCCCCGGUUUAUCAUUUUUCUCCCGGAUUUGGCUCAGGCGCCAAUAAUUGGUUGGUUCACAUGGAGGGAGGAGGAUGGUGCAGCACCCCUGAAGAAUGUAUAGAUCGGCGAAGUAACUUCAGAGGCUCUUCUAGAUUAAUGAAGGAUUUAUCGUUUUCUGGCAUUUUGGCAAAUAAGCCAAAAACAAAUCCUGACUUCUAUAACUGGAACAAGGUCAAAGUUCGUUAUUGUGAUGGUUCUUCAUUUACCGGGGAUGUGGAGACCGUAGAUCCAGAAAAGAAAGUUUACUAUAGAGGAGCUAGAAUUUGGCUUGCGAUUAUGGAAGAAUUACUGGCUAAGGGAAUGAAAAAUGCACAAAAUGCUAUGCUUUCUGGUUGUUCAGCUGGUGGGUUGGCUUCUAUACUUCAUUGUGAUAAGUUCCGUGAUCUUCUACCAGCAAGCGCAAACGUUAAGUGCUUUUCAGAUGCUGGAUAUUUCAUCCAAGCGAAGGACGUUUCUGGAGCAGAUCGCAUUGGUGACUUCUUUUCAUCCGUUGUGGCUACCCAUGGAUCGGCGAAGAAUUUGCCUUCUUCGUGCACUUCAAAAUUCUCACCAAACCAGUGUUUCUUCCCGCAAUACGUUGUACAACAAAUGCGCACACCGCUCUUUAUACUGAACUCAGCGUAUGAUGAGUGGCAGGUCAGGAACGUUCUUGUUCCAAGUGCCUCUAAAGCUAAAGGUUGGACUGACUGCAAGGUUGACAUAAGCAAGUGUGAUUCAAAUCAAAUUUCAACUCUUCAAGGUUUUAGGUCUGAAUUUCUGAGCGUGCUACCUACUGGCUCCUCAUUUGGCAAGUUCAUAAUAUCAUGCCAUGCUCACUGUCAAUCAGGCACUCAGGCGACGUGGUUGACCGAUAAAUCUCCUUCAAUAGGAAACACUAAAAUUGCAAAGGCAGUGGGAGACUGGUUCUAUGGCCGCCGUGUUGUGGAGGAUAUUGAUUGCCCUUAUCCUUGCAACUCUUCAUGCUCGAAGGUCAUUGAAGAGUAGAAGAUUCUGGUUGGAAAUUUUUUUUUCUUCGAGAUAAUAUGUUCGGAUUGUUCUAAUAUCUUGGGCAAUAAUUCCAGUGAUCAACUGCCACAAAAAAAAAAGGAAAUAUAAGCCUGUGUAUUACUGCCCCAACGGUGUCAUUGUUUCAUGUACAUGUGAAGCGGUUAUGAUUUAUUUGAAGGAAGCAUUCCAUUUGUCA